UUGCCUAGGCUGGUUUCAGAGACUUCACGUCCCUGUGCUGCCAUAGCAACCAGGAAACAACCUCCGCUCACAAUGAGAAGAAGGAUGGUGCAGUGGCCCAGAUCUGUAGAUGCACACGGCCCGGUAACAGAGCAACAGGACUAAGGGACAACAAGGAAGGAGCAGGCGAAGAAGAGAGAGAGGUUGCCCAGAGAGUAGACAAUCCAGAGCUUGAGGAGUCUGGGUUUGCGGUUUAUUUUUUCUCCCGACAAAGACACACACUGUCUAAACUGUGUGGCUGGUUGUUAUUAAGAAGCUGCUGUACGAAGGAAAAAUGUAUUUAAUAAAAGGCCCAGUGUUUGUGGUCUUCUUGGGCUCACUGCUGAGCUCAGGAAAUCUUGAGGUGUGACCAGUUUUCAGCCUUCAAAACCAAGAUGAACUACCCUUGAGGAGGGUGGUCAGAAGGGAAACAUGUUCACGCUCUCUCUCCUGAGCCGGGGACAUGGGAAGUUGGUCCAGAACAAACAGAAGCUAGAAGUCUAUUUUGAACCAGAGGAUUACUUGAACUGGAAGUCCCCGGAAGAUUAUGUCCUGGUCAACAAACUGCAGGAUAAGGGCAGUGCCAACCAGCACACCUGGAGCCUCUUUCUUCCUAAAACGUUCAGUACUAGAAAAGGUGCUCUGAUCCUCUACUCAGAAGGUUUAGCCAUAUCAGCAUGGACACCCGAAGAGAGGAGAAGAGGCCCCUACUGCCCCAAAGGCCACAGGAAGAGGCCAGGUCUUGAACUACACACUCUUCAGGACCUUAAAGAAGCCAUCCUGGCAUUUGGAAGGAGACAGAGGGAACAGGACAGAGCCUGGCAACCGUACCUCCACUUCCGAAGCCAACCAGAGACCCAGGCCCAACGGCAGAUGCAGCCUGGGUAUUCAGCCAAGAGAUACCUGCGAGGCCUCUUGCAGACAUGGCCCCCUGACACCAUGUACAGGCUCCAAUGUGCAGGAUACAUCAAGGAUUCUGUGCUGCUCCAGAACAAUCAACUUAAUGUACCAAAGAAUCUCAGGCUACAACAGGAUCUUUCAGGUGUACCCCCAAAAUACCAUCUCCUGCCUGUCUUCCCUCCAUUUUGGAUUCAACAAGGAAAAACUUUUGAACAAGGUCAACAGGGCCUGGCUGGAGGGGAAGCUGGGGCCGGUGGACAUGUGGACCAGGGCUCUGUAGCCACGAACCACAGCAGUCAGGGGAUUCACUUGCCGCCACUCAGGAAGCAGUCAUGGCAGAAAGAUGAAACCCAGGCAGAGGACACAUCAAUAGAGAAUCACCAUCGUACACACACUUCAAAGGAGAGCCACAAUGAAAAAAUACAGCAAACCUCCCGAAGGGCCUUUGGGCAUGCCCACAUCGAUCAUUCUUGGCUCCUGAGUGACAAAUCCCACAUUACAUUCUAUGGAGGAGCCUUCCCCAAUAGAAAGGCAGAUCUCAGCGAAAGACAAGGGAAUAUAAAACUCUACAAGGGCAGAAGCAGCCACUUGUUACAGGAGCCUCCUGCUGAAAGAUGCCUUUUCCCUCCUAUAGCACCUGCUACUGGUUCAGAGAAAAACACAGCUGGGGAAGUGAAGAAGAAAAAGGUACCAAAGGCUUUGAAAUUACCCCCUAUCUCAGAAGAACAACCCAGAGUCCUGGAUCCCCUGAGGAGUCCAUUUAAAGCCAGUGAACCUCCAGCAGAGCUCUUCAUCUUCCCAGUGGAGAUUCAUUUCCAUACCCAAAACCCCCCAAAAGGAAAAUCACACAGAAGAGGUGCCCCACAGCCUGAGUCAGGACCGGAAACAGAAGAAAAGGCCAGGCCUUUAUGGAAACCUCCCCUGAAGCAUGCAUCCCCAGAAAAGUCAAGGGAGUUAACAGUACAUCUCCCAGUGGACACAGGCAAGGACAUGCUCUCAUGUCAAGACGUUGAUGCCCUAUUCCAGAAUGUGACCCCACCACUGUCCCUGAUUAAAGGAAGAAAAAGUCCAGAGGGCCAGCAGGGCCUGGACAAACCCAGGACAUCAAGCUGCAGCAGUUCCAUAGGCCCCUUGGAUGUGAGAAGGGCCAGGGGGGCCCUUCCAGCAGAAGAACAAGAAUAUCCAAGAGACCCCACAGUGGGACACUUCUUGCUGGAUCCAGAUGGAGAAAACAUCUGCCUGUCCCUCCCAGGGCCUACUGAAACCAAAGAGCCUCUUUCAGGUAAAGCAAACACUGAAUCCAGAACCUAUCUUCUCACGAAUCUUAAUGAAAUCUCACCUUUGACCCAAAAGCCAGAGAAGCAGGGAGCCCAGCAGUCCUUGGAGGCAGCAGCUCAGAAGACAGGAGAGCCUCAAAGUUGUAUAAAUAAAGGGCUGAUAUGUUCAAACAGAAAAGAAUUUUACACGCGCAAGCUGCACAUCGACAUGACGCCGUUCCUGAAGGAAAAUGGAGAUGAACUGGACUAUCAUGAAGAACCAGGAGAACCCCUCAGAGAAAAUCAAGACACCCAAGACCAGGAACUGAGGAGUAUGACCCUUGACCCCCUUAGUGUUUCCGUGGCUGAGCACAUCCAGAUCUCUGAGUCAGAUACUAUCCAAAAGACGGGCAGAGAUUAUGGUGUACACCAUCUGCACAGAAGACUCCCAGGACACGAGUCCCCAGAGCAGUUGGGUCCUGUAGAUGCAUCUCUUCUCCCAAGAGGAAGAGAAGGGAAGAAUGAACCAAGACUGUUCAACCAGCAGGUACUAGCCAACAUCAAUGAGAUGGAGUUGAUUGACAAAGCCAAGAGAAAGAAAAGAACCAAAACAGACAAGUCCAAGGUACCUAAGGAGAGGAGAGAAGGAAAGGUCCACAGGGAAGCAGAGGCUGUUGUUGGAAAGUCAAAGGAAUCAAAGGCUGAAAAGAAAUCAGAGCCAAUUCCCAAAGAAAGAAAACCAACACCCAAAAGGAAAAGGACACAGAAGAAAAGGAAUCUGGAAAUAGCAAAGCUGAAUGGGCCUGAUGUCAUUAACCCUAAGGAAACAGAAGACACUUUAGAUAGAGGUUUCUCUCCUACAGAUUCUGUUGUGGAGGACAUUUGGUUUUCCCACAAGUAUGAUGCUCAGGAGAGCCAAGUGUCCAUAGAUGGAAGAUCAUCACCCACCCAGACUAUACCUGUCACCGGAAACAUGGAAUCUAAAGAAGAAAGAAGUUAUGAGGACCCUUCCAAAGCCCUCCUCGCCGAGAGGGAGCAAGAGGGAGCGUCCCGGGACAGGCUGCGAGCAGAGAGGGCUGAGAUGAGACGCUUGGAAGUGGAGAGGAGGCGAAGGGACCAGGAAGAGCAGAGGCGGCUCCUUCAGGAGCAGCUGGAGAGGGCUGAGAGGAUGAAGGAGGAGCUGGAGCUGGAGCAGCGGGCCCGCGCGGAGGAGAACCGCCUGAGGAAGCAGAGACUGGAAGAAGAACGGCAGCGGCAGGAGGAGGAGGAGAGGAAGCGGCAACAUCGGUUGCAAGUGGCCCAGGAGAGAGUCUGGCAGCAACAGGAGGAGUUCUGGAGGAAACUGCAAGAACUACAGAGAAAAAAGCAGCAGGAAGAAGCCAAGCGAGCUGAGGUUGAGAGGCAGAAGGAGAAGGAAUUGGAAAUGCAGUUAGCAGAAGAACAGAAACGCCUGAUGGAGAUGGCUGAAGAAGAACGGCUAGAGUACCAGCAUAGGAAGCAGGAAGCAGAAGAGAAGGCGCAGCUGGAAGCAGAGGAGAGAAGGCAAAGGGAGGAGGAAGCAGCCAGGCUGGCUCUGGAGGAAGCUAUGAAACAAGCACAGGAACAAGCCAGGCAAAAAGAUGCUUUGAAGAAACAACUUCAUUUCCAUCAAGAACUCUAUAAGGAAGCCAGUGGCCUGCAGUGGACACGGAACAUUUCCAGAUCGUGGGUCUACUCUUACUUCCAGUUUCUACAAAUACCCAGAUCUUAAGGCUAGAAGAAAACUAAAAAGUAAGUUGGGAGGUGGUGACAGAAAUUCUAAUAAUGGAAAUGAUAUUCCAUUUCAUCGAGUUCACCUCAACCCACACUGAACUUCACUCUAGGACCUCAAUUCCCACUACCCCUUCCCACCAUGCAUACCUAACUUGAAGUAUUUCAUUUCACAGUGUGUCUGAAAGAGUUGCAGAUUAGUGGAAAUUCUAUAAUGCAAAUAAUUCUGAAUAAGCUAAGGAGUGAGUUCAUUUAUUAAGAACUUCAUUCUCUAUAAGGCAAAAACACAUACAUUUCAUCCUAAGAAUCUAAAAUUUGUCCAUUUAAAACAAGGUAAUCUCUUGAUAAAUGUUCAUUUGAACAAAAUGAGCCAUUUUAUUCAAGGUAUUCUCACUUCCUCAAAAUAUAGAUUCUAGAGCUACACUGGCCAAUUAAGUAGCCACAUAUAACUUUAAAUAUGUUAAGCAUUCAGUUCUCCAGCUACAUUAACCACAUUUCAAGUGCUCAAUAGCCACAUGUAGCUACUGGCUACCUUACUGGACAGUACAGAUGUAGAACAUUUCCAACAUCACAGAAAGUUCUCUGGACAGUCCUGUUCUAGACUCGAUAAUUAACAAAUCUUGAGGAUUUGUUCCUAUGCCUUUAAGAUCCAACCACUCACAUAACUUCCCCAUUUUUUUAAAAGAUUUAUUCAUUUAUCUAGACAGAAAGCACAAGCUGUGGGGAGGAGCAGAGAGAGAAUCUCAAGUGGACUCCACCCUGAGUGCAGAGCCCAACGUGUAGCUUGAUCUCACAACACUGAGAUCACGACCCAAGCUGAAACUAAGAGUGGGACGCUCAACCCCCCACACCACAAUUUCCCUGUUUUUAAAAAUCAUACUCUAUUAAGGUAUAAUCUUAAUUUUUCUUUAACAUCUCUUUAAAUAAGUAUCUAUCCUAGAAUGAUCAUUAAAAGGGAUGAGAGAUCUUUACAAGCAAGAUAUAUAAAAGGAUGUUAAAGCAAGCAGUAUCUGAACUUGAAUUUUCCUACAAAUUUCCUUUGGCCCUACUCUAAACUUCACUGUCUACAGCUGAAAAACAGAGUAUUUGCAGAGGAUUCCCUCAAAUUUCUCACCAAUGCUGUAAAGUAUUUGCUCUUUACAGGAACCGUACUUCUACAAUCCAGAAGUCCAGCGUAAUUUUUAUUCUGUAUUGCUAUUAUCAGACUUGCUUAGAUUUGAUGACUUUUAGCUAUUUGCUUUAUUUGUAAAACAGAAAAUAAAAUGGCCAAAACACUAUCAGUCAGUGAUUUUAAA